CCCACGUACAGCCCAUGUACUACAUUGAUGCAAUUUUUAUUCAUGUCUAGUCUGGGAAGUCGCUAUUUUAAAACAAAUUGUCCAUCGAAAGAACGAUAAAUUGGGCAAAAUGUCGACAGCGGCUGUUACAAGAGGACAGUCGGAGUAUAUUCAACCCUCUACUGCCACACAGGGAGACAAUAGUGGCCAACAGCAGCCAUCACCUCUGGCGUUGCUUGCAGCAACUUGUAGUAAGAUUGGAUCACCGCCUGAGGAAGCCGUGAAUACUGCAACGACCACAGCCGUCCGGUUUGUUGGGCAGAAUCAGGGCUUCCAAGCGGCAGAUACACAAAUAGGGUUUGUGGGCGCCAACGGCGUUAUAACCGCCAUUCCUCAUGUAUCUGCACAACAACAACAACAACAACAGACACAAUUCCAGACCAUCUCUGCUUUUCCCGUUCAGAUUGCCGCUGCCACUCCUCAGUUACAGCAACAACAGCAGCAGCUCAUCGAGACAAACAACACCAGUAAACAAUCAGGUACGAAUAAUGGAACCAAUAUACUGAACUGGAACCCACAGGUGCAGCAGCACCAAAUUAUACAGCCAUCCCAGCUUUUGACAGCUGCACCUACAAAUGCAGCCAACUCGGGUGGUGCAUCAGGCAAUACAGUUCAGUACAACAUUAUUCCACAGCUUCAGCUAGAUGCAGAUGGUAACAUUAUCGCAACUCAGCUAGCGAAUGCCAUCAACCAAUCGCCAACCAUCAUCCGACCAACUGCUGCAUCAAACAACUUCACAGGCCUAGCAUUGCAAAAUGGGCAAAUUAUACAGACGCAAAACAGCAAUAUCAUGCAAAAUAUUGCUACACCACCGAGGGUGGCCAGUCAGCCCCUUACAUUCCAACUGGCUCCGGUGGCUAGCUCAGGGGGUAAUAUGAACGACCAGCAACAGCAGGUUUACAGCAUAGUUGCAGCAGCUCCAAUGCAGCAAGAUUUCACCAAUGUAGUGCAGAUCCAACCUCAGCAGUUUCAACAGCAACAGCAGCAGCAGCAGAUAGUUGCAGCAGAGCCGCAGCAGUUGCAAGUAGUUCCCCAUCAGCAGCAACAGCAAAUUGUGCUUCAACCGCAGCAAGCCAAUUCGAUACCAGUCGGCAUCAGCAUGGCUCCUCAGCAAGUUCAGAUUCAGCAGCCUCAACAGAACUCGGGAACCACAGUUACUAUUCAACAACAGCAACCACAACAGAUAAACAUCCAGGCUCGCCCACAACAGCAACAACAGCAGCAGCCUCAGCAACAGCAGCAAAGCUUCACUGUGCAGCCUGUUCAGCAGGCAUAUGCAAUCCAACAAGGACAACCACUGCCGGUCAUUAAUGCCUCUACCUCAGGGCAACAGACCAUUACAAUCCCUGCCCAGACAGUCACUGGUCAACAGGGUUUCCAGAACUUCAUCUUACAACCACAGAACCUAAAUGCAGUUCAAACAAUCCAAUUGCCCGGCCAGCAACAGACGGCGACCAUCUUGCCUGGCUCUAUCUUUACGACCCUCCGUUCUCCUAAUAACACCAUCAACCUUCAAGGGUUACAGAUACAGGGGAUCAGCAUGGCUGGUACAACGUCCCAGCCUCAACAAACUUUAACAUCUACGGCAGGGAUGGGGAAUACUGGUUCCGUUGCUGGAACACAAACUGUCACAGCCUUACCCAAUUUCAGUUUAUCAACGGGGAAUUUGGUUUCUAUGGGAAUGCAGCUACAGCAGAUAAGUAAACCGGGAGCAGGAAACAACACAAGAUCCACUACAGUCACAGUUGCACAGCAGCAGCCUGGUACUCUUCAGGAUAAGAAGUGGCAAGGGCAAACACAGGUUAUUAAUCCGGUGCAGACUAAUACAUCCAUUAGUCUGGACAAUCAGUUUGUAGGGUCAGAUGAGGAAGAGAACCAGGGACAACAGAACCAGGUGCCUAAGCGGCUCAGGAGAGUGGCAUGUACAUGUCCCAACUGCAAGGACAGUGAAGGAAGGAAUCUGAAUGCAGAGGGUCGCAAAAAACAACACAUUUGCCACAUGCCAGAUUGUGGCAAAGUGUACGGCAAAACAUCCCACCUUCGAGCUCAUUUACGAUGGCACACAGGGGAGCGGCCAUUUGUCUGUAACUGGUUGUUCUGUGGUAAGAGAUUUACAAGGUCAGAUGAGCUACAGCGACAUCGGCGGACUCAUACAGGAGAGAAGAGGUUUUCCUGUCCGGCUUGCUCAAAGCGCUUCAUGAGAAGUGACCACCUCUCCAAACACAUCAAGACUCACUCCAAUAAGAAAGCCAACCCAAGGGAUGAUGAGUUUAGUGACGGUACAGUGACACUGGAAAUGGAUGGAAGUGAAGUGAUGGCCACUCCAGACCAAGAGGCCUUGACCAAUGCUGUGGUCAUACGGAUGGGUACACAGGCUCUGGACAGAAUGGAAGCCAGCUAGCAGGCAUUUUAAUCGGUGACCCUUUUUUCAAUUCACUCUUUGUGGAGUUGGUCUUAGUUUUGAAUAUUCGGGCCGUGUCACAGGGGGCGUUUUACAGGCAACCAGUUCCAGGCAAUCUCCAAGAAGAAAAGGCAUUCACAUUUGAAUGUUCCCAUAUGUUUCUUAGGGAUCAGAAGAUCCACAUUGCUUGAAAAAAAGACUCAUGUGUUACAGAAGUGAUCAUGUAUUAUGCCUUGCAGUUGGUUGCCGGCAAAAAGUUCCUUGUGUGACAAGGCCCUAACUUUUUAUAACACCACAUUAUUAUCCAGUGUAUAAACAUUAACAAAUCAUGACAAAUAACGGUAUUAAGUGAAACAUACAGUACAACUGGUUUCAGGCCUGAUUCUUCAUUUGUUGAUGGUCAAGGGCAACACGGCAUUUUCUUCUUGGUCAAGGACAACUCUAUGUCAAAAUUGUAAAUUUCUAUUGGAACAAGGAGGCAAUUGCCUCCAUGGAGUAUUAUUUAAUGCACUGAACUCAUGAAUUGAACAUUUACUGUAAAAUAAUGUUAACUUAUUUUUGGUUUGACAUCCUGAAAUCAUUGUGAAAGCAUUUCAAUUAUCAAUGUUUGUUUCUCUCCAAACAGUAAAGUCAGCUAUAAUAAGAUAUAAAUUCACAAUAGCACAAACAAUCUUAAUUAAGAGAGAAAGCAGAUUUUUGUUUCAGUUGAAAUGAGCUUCAACAACCAAAAGAUAAUAAUGUACUUAAUUUUGUUAAGACUGUCUUUAAAUGUAAGACACACAAUUUACCAACAGUAUGAACUGCCUUAGAUUUGUUUUUUUAAAUCCACAUGGAUUUUUCUAUGUGCAUUUAGGUAGUGAUAUUUAUUAUUUUAUAUUAUUUUAACUUGGCACUUAAAAAGUAAAACAUUCACAAUAGCAAUGCUUGAUGUAUGUACUCUCAAAACAAUUUGAGGGACACCAAGACCAAGACAACAGUGAUAUGGAGAAACAUUUUCAUCGAUUUUGUUUUGAGAAAAAUCAGUCUUAUUGCAGCUCUAUAGCCAUUUUGAGAUAUGGUGGACAAUGCACUAUGACACUAUCUAUUAGAUUUGGUUAAAAUGGUCUGAAAGUACAUACAUACCCAAACCAAACAGUCCACUCCUACCUAUAGUGGCCACCAUUUCUCAAAAAGGUUAAUAGAAUGGUCCCCUGAUGUAGACAACAUCAAAAAAAUGUCUUCAAGUCAGCAGUAUUAGGGCGUAUCCAAAUUGACGACUUUGGUUCAUAGCCAGUUUAAAGUUAACUGCAGAUGUUAAUGGCCGUAGCUGUGGUCCAAGGGAAGUCAAUUUUAAUUGGAUGCAGCCUUUAUCAGUCAUACACUCAUGGGGCAGUGGCAGCUUUCUUAAAGAAAAUCUCAUCUGCCAUUUUUAUCCUGUUUUCAACAUACUCAGUAUAUUUUCCCAAAUUAUAAGACAUUCUCACAGUGCCAAUUUUUAUCCAUAAAGCUGAAAUAUUGUAAAUACUGUACAUGUGACCCUUGUUUAAUACAAGUUGAGCAAGAUUUAUGGGUUUCUGUUCAGAACAAGCUUGCCUUUUAUUGUAUACAAAAUGUUGGUUGUACAUAUGAAGAAAUUAAAUUUUUUGAACCAAUUUGUUUUGGCAGAUGUUACAAAUAGGGAUGGUGUCUUUUUUUCUUCUCGUUUUUUCCUUCUGACAUCUACAGGGUAUUGCUUUUAUAAAAUUAUGAAAGUUGUUUUUAAAAACCUCAAUUUAAUUAACGUGUGCAUUUGAAAUUUGAUUAUGUCAGUUUCCAUUCUGUCAAGAGCUAAUAUGCACAAAAUUACAACAAUGUAUUCCAGAAACAUUUUCAUUAUUGUUUCAUGGCAUUCUAUUAUUGAAACUGCUCAUUUUGUGAUAGCCCGGCAAUAUACCUUGAGAAAAAUGAUCUUAAAUUACUCAAAUUCAGAUUUUGGUAAAAGGGGGAAAAUGAAAUUAAUAUAGAUUGCCACUUUAUUUUCAACUAACUUUUAUAAAAGAGGUUCUGAAGUUCAUCUGAUGGAAUAGCUUUCAUGGUCUUCUUUUGUUUCAGACGCAAAUAGAAGGUAGACAUGGUUUACCUGUAAAGUGUUUCCUUUGGCUUGAUUCAGAGCAAGCCUUGUAGUUGAAGUUUAUACAUUUUUUAUUUAUUUUGCUUUGAAGGAUUUAUGUUUGUCGUGUAUAUAAUAUGUUAAUGAUAUUAUUCUUGCACUAGGGAUAAAAUAGUGAUUGUUCAAAUUGAACAAUUAAUUGUAGGUUUUGCUUUUCGGUAUGUAUUAUGAUCUCUGUUUACAUGCGGUUUUCCGUUGUGGUGGGCAAAGUGAAAUUGUUUUAUGUUUACUGGUCAACUUGGAAAGCACCUUGUAUACAUCAGUGAUUUUACAAAUACAUGGAAUCAUAGUACUUUACUGAGAGACAAAACCUAGAAUAACUUAAAAUAAAUUGUACAUGUACUUAUUAAUUCUAUUGAACUCGUCUGUUAUUGGAAAUAACACAUGAACAAAAGAUAUACAUGU